AUGAAAGCAACACGCCUCUCGCACGAAGAUCGAAGAAAGAAAUCAAACAACUCGUUAUUUCAAGAGAAGUUCAAAGAAAAAAUUAGCAUUGUAAAUAAGGACGGUACCACAACAAAGGUUACGACAGGAGAAAUUGAAAAGAGUCACUCGUCAAAACAACCCACUUCAACAGCAUCAACCUCCUCAAAUUCUUCUUCCAGAGUGUCAAGCUCAAAAACUUCUUUCACGGAAAAGUUGGAGAACAUUUCAUCUCCUUUUAAACCACUGUACAAAAUUCCAAACUCUCCUCCAUUUCAACCACCAAAAAUUGCAAAAGGAUCAGUGCAAGAGACACACGUUCUUGUAUUAAGUCACUCUCAUCACGAUGACGUUUCAAUACCACCAUCCACAGGAGAAAUUUCUGACUUCAGUUUCGAUCAAGAAAAUAGAACAGAUACACCAUCGUCGUACUACUCCUCAAGAGAGAGCACAGCCUCAUCCAGCAGAAGAAAGAAAAAACCAAUUAUAACAGCAAAACAGUUUCAAGCAAUGAUUGGAGAGAUGAAGAAACAAAAUAUUGUUUCAAAUAACGGUGAGGAGUCCUCAAAUGCAAAAUGUAAACCACCUCAGCCACUUCUAAAAUUAAUCUCAAUUGAAGACAACAUAUGUGAUGUCUCAGAGAUUAGUAACCCUGCUUCUUCACAUCCUUCUUUGAGAAACAAUUCCUAUUCUGCAAUACAUGGUAUUUCCAAGAAGAAAGACGAGGAGGAAUUUGAGUGGGGUUUGUCUAAAGAGUCCGAACAAACAGAAGACUGUUCAAUUAAGCAAAAAAAAGAACCUUCAUACAAACCCUAUAGCAUCGAAGACUACAACAAAAUCAACAAGCAAGGAUAUGUCAAACUCGGUGGGCUAGGAGCAGAUUUACAUAAUGAAAAAUUAAUAGAAAAAAAAGAAAAAAUCAACAAGAUCAGAGAGUAUGCUAAAGAAAUUGCACAAAUCAACAAUAGCAAAAUUUCAAAACAGAAAGGCGAAAGUAAACCUUUAUCCAAAUCUAAAACACCUGAAGAGCCGUCUGCAAGAGAAAAAGCAAAGGAGUUUGCUGCAAAAAUUCCAAAGCCAAAGUCCAAGCGCCAAUCUCACCGAGCAGACAAGGAGAACGACGAACCUCAACCACUUUCAGAGCUCGAAAUGCUGGAACUUCAACAUGAAAAAGACAGAGAAUGGUUGAAAAAAGAGUUUGCUAUUCGAUAA